AUGAAAUGCAGUGUUUAUUGAAGCUGGCAAUAUCGGCGGGCUUCUCUCGGAGUGGCAGGAAUGUGGUCCAAUUGCAUUGUGCUUAGUAUGCGACCCUUCGUAACUGACAACUCUUAGGCCAAUAGAAAGUUCCAGGUGACUUGUCUGUUGAACUCAUGUUUUCCUUGUCCAAUUGUGGGAUAGAAACAAGGCGGGGCUUAAAGCGUAACCACGGCGAGUCUUGCGUCAACUAUAAAGGCAAUAACAUCGUGUUUGAAGGAGUCUGUGUAAUUACACAGAGAAGUGAACAGAAGGUAACUUUAGGGCACACCCUGCCCCCCAUUCUUUUACUCAUACCUUAGCGUGUUUUACACUUUUGGACUUAUUUCGUAUGUUAGGAUUUACACGGCCAGUGGCAUGUAAAUGUCAUGUUUCACUAAUGUGCCAGUCUUACAAAUGGAAAGGGGGCUUCACUUUGGAAAGGUGAGCAUUGCCCUGCUGCUCCUGCUGCUGCUCAAAGUGCUCGUCGGACUCGGCUCUUCGCACACCCAGGGCUCCGCAGCCAUCUCCAGGAGGGAGCCCCAGCUCGCCGGCCGGAGAUCGGGCUCGGGUUCGACCCCGGUGGACGAUGGAGACAACGUCAUGAAGCUCCACCUGGAGAAGGUUGUCGGCACUCCGGCCAUCGCGGCUGCAGACGUGACGGUGGAGGAUGACGAGGCCGGGGAGACAGAAGAGACUUUGGGAGGAAGUCAUGGAGACGUCCCCGUGAGGAGGUCUCUUGUGAUCAUCAGUACUCUGGAUGGGCGCAUCUCUGCUCUGGAUCCUCACAACCAAGGUCGGAAGCAGUGGGAUCUGGACGUCGGCUCAGGGUGCCUGGUGUCCUCCAGCCUCAGCAAACCUGAGGUGUUUGGCAAUAAGAUGGUCAUCCCCUCACUGGACGGUGCCUUGUUCCAGUGGAAUCGUGACAGGGAGAGUAUGGAGGCAGUGCCUUUCAGCGUGGAGUCCCUGCUGGAGUCGUCCUACCGCAUCGGAGACGACACCGUCCUGGUCGGGGGCAAAUCCCUCACUACUUAUGGUCUGGGGACGUACAGUGGCAAGCUGCGGUACAUCUGCUCUGCGGUGGGCUGCAGUCACUGGUGUGAAGACGAGCUGGACGGCGAAGACGUACUCCUGCUGCAGAGGACGCAAAAAACUGUCCGAGCCAUCAGGCCGCGCUCAGGAAUAGAGAAAUGGAACUUCAGUGUUGGAAACUUUGAGCUGAAGCUGGUUCCAGAGGCCAAGUCCACCAUCAGCUUCCUAGAGGGAGAAGUUGCCAAUGGCAAGUCCUGGGGGGAGCAUCAGCGAAUCAUCACUGAGGAGUCCAAAAGACAGGAGCAGGCGGACCAUCAUAAAAAUCAUAACCUGGACCUGGUCAUCAAAGUGUCUGUUCCUGACUGGAAGGUCAUGGCCUUCAGCACCGAGCCUGAUGGACAGCUGGUGUGGGAGCAUCAGUUCUGCACACCCAUUGCCUCGGCCUGGCUGGUGGGAGGAGGCAAAGUCACGCCAAUCAGCCUGUUUGAUGACACCGCCUACAGCAACCAGUCCGAAACUGAUGAGGAGGAGGACGACGACAAUCCGGGAAAAUCCAAAGAUGCUUCAGCGUCCAGCGUUUACCUGGGGAUGUUCCAGGGCCAACUCUACCUCCAGUCCUCAGUGAGGAUUUCUGAAAAGUUCCCUUCUAAAGCCAUCGGGUCCGAGAAAGAUAUUAUUCCGCUUCCCAUCGUCAAGUGGAAGCCUCUCAUCCAUUCCCCGUCUCGGACUCCAGCCUUGGUGGGCUCUGAUGAGUUCGACAAGUGUCUGAACAAUGACAAAUUCUCCUAUGAUGAAUACAGCAAUGGAGCCCUGUCUAUACUGCAGUAUCCUUACGACAAUGGUUACUACUUCCCCUACGGCAAGAGGUACCGGGGGAAGCGGGACAGCGCUGUGAGCGUCAUUAAAAGAAGCGGGUCACGCACCGACAACGGCAGGAAAAAAGACCCCGUGCUGCUGCUGCCCUGGUGGAAGGAGAUCCUUGGCACCAUCGUCUUCUGCAUCUCCGCCACCACCUACAUCGUACGCAAGUUCUUCCACCCUCCUGCGCCCGUGGCCUACAUACGGCAACGUAAAGAGUCGGAGACACAGUGCCAGACUGACAGCAAGUUUGACCUUGAGGUCGUGGACGCCAAGGAGCCGGUCGCUGUGGAGAUGCGUUCCAGUGAAUACGUGUCCAGGUACCUGACUGACUUUGAGCCGGUGCAGUGUCUUGGCCGCGGGGGCUUUGGCGUCGUGUUUGAAGCUCGCAACAAAGUGGACGACUGCAACUACGCCAUUAAAAGGAUCCGUCUGCCCAACAGGGAGCUAGCGCGCGAGAAGGUGAUGAGGGAGGUGAAGGCGCUGGCCAAGCUGGAGCAUCCCGGGAUCAUUCGCUACUUCAAUGCCUGGCAGGAGAGCCCCCCCGAGGGCUGGCAGGAGGAGAUGGACCAGAGGUGGCUGAAAGACACCAGCGCCACCGACUGGCCGAUGAUGAGCUUCCUUGACAACAUGGAGGCGCUGUCGGUCAAAGUGCCGGUGUCCAGCUCCGUGUCACCCACCAGCGGGUCGGAAGGAGGCGCUCUGGAGCAGUCUGUCAACGGGCAUCAUCCGCUUCUCUCCAGCAGCUCCAGAGGGGCGGCGGGCUUCAGCGUGAACGGAGACCUUUCCUUCCACCCCCUGCUGGGCCACGACAGCCUGAUGUCAGAGCGGGACAGCCAGGCCGACCCGGAGGCCUCGGAUACGCCAGAGUCCUUCGAGCUGUGCUCCCCGCGCGGGCCAAGCGACUGCACCUCCUCCUCCUUCGACAUCGUCUUUGAGGAUUCGGGAUGUGACGGGGAUGCAGACGCAGAGACGGACUCGGCCUCCAGUGCCACCCAUCCAGAUCCGGCCACCGUGGAGAAACAGGCUUCAUCUUCCUCACACACGAGACAGCAGGGAAACUCUCACCCCUCCUCCUCAUCGCCAUCUCGGCCCACCUCGCUCGCAUUGGCGCUGCCCGAGCUUCCUCCGAGCCAGCGAGCGCAACCUUCUCCCAAGGUGUAUCUGUACAUCCAGAUGCAGCUGUGCCGCAAGGAGAACCUGAAGGACUGGAUGGCUCAGCGGUGCCUCCCCGAGCAGAGGGAACACAACCAGUGUUUGGACAUCUUCCUCCAGAUCGCCGAGGCCGUGGACUUCCUGCACAGCAAGGGCCUCAUGCACAGGGACCUCAAGCCCUCCAACAUUUUCUUCACCAUGGACGACGUGGUGAAGGUGGGAGACCUGGGUCUGGUGACGGCCAUGGAGCAGGAGGAGGACGAGCACGAGCACAGUGCCCUGACGCCCGCCCCCCUCCUCACCCGCCACACGGGCCAGGUGGGCACCAAGCUCUAUAUGAGCCCCGAGCAGCUCUCUGGACACUCGUACUCGCACAAGGUGGACAUUUACUCUCUGGGUCUGAUCCUGUUCGAGCUGCUCCACCCUUUUCGGACCCAGAUGGAGAGAGUCAGGACGCUGACGGAGGUAAGAGCUCUUCACUUCCCGGAGUGCUUCUCCAAAAACAACGUCCAAGAGCUGAGCAUGGUGCGCUCCAUGCUAUCGCGGAGCCCCGGCGAGCGCCCCGAGGCGGCCGACAUCACCGGCACUCCUCUCUUCCAGGAGCUGGAACUCCCCUGCCGGCUGGCCGUCAGGCAGCGGUCCCGCACCUACAGCGCCUCGUCCGCCGGCCGCCCCGCCCGCCAGACGUCGGCCACCUGACCUGCGCGACCGCCGCACCUCCUCGGCGUGACAAGUGUGCAGGACAUCCCCUCGCAAGAUUCCCGCACACUUGGCAAAGCCCGUCGAGAUGAUUUCCCAAUCAAUGCCGAGCUUACCUACUUAAUUUAGCGACGUGCGGACAAUUCCGCCGCUGAUUUACCGUCCACUGACCCUGAAUGGAAUAUCGGUUUUCUGAGCCCAUGUUGGCGCACAAUCCAACAUUGAGCCAUCCUUCACGCGCCCGUGCUACACCUCAGGUAUGAUGACCACGAGGAGAGGCCUUCACUGACGAUGACGAUGCUGGUGAAGCACAGCCAAUAAUAUGCCUGAUGUGGAACACCAAAAAUGGACUUUUAUGAAUCCUGCUGGAUUGCGUGGCCAGGAGUUGCGGAUGGAGUCCAAUCUGAUUUGCCUUUAGACUCAAUGAUUGCUGGCCUGUUGCCUCAUGAAGGGAGACGUUCUUCCUGGUUCUCCAAGCCGGGACUUUUUCACACCGAGGUGCUCAAUCACUUCGUCAUUUCACCCCCCGGUCCCCGCGCCUCAUCUGUCAUCUUUUGUGUACAUAGAAGUGAUGGCAGCCAGCCUUGGCCUUGAAGUAAGCUGUAAAUAAAUAGUCUAAGGCCGCAGCCAAGCGGAGAUGAUCACUGGAUGUCGCGGCUUGUCGCAGCGUCACCUCUCGAGUGCUCAUUGGCACUAGCAUGGCAGUUUGAACUUAUCAGCGUUUGCACGCAGCGGGGGUGGCGACUGGAAGGGACAUUGAGCAGCACAAAAUACGGUCAUGCCCUCGAGGAAAAACACAAUUGUGUAGAAUUAUUUUUUUAUUUUUUUAGCUCUUCCCUUAUGCUGAGAGCUAUCACCCCCCCCCCCCCAACGCUUGGCAUGCAUCAACCUCUGAUUGAUUUUCUUUAAAUGCUCCAAGUGUUGAUGGUGGUUGGUGGUGUGACAUUUUAUUUAUUAUUAAUAUGUGGGCGUGGCCUAGACUACCAAGGAGCUUUCGGGCCACACUGAAACAGAACAGAGUAAAAUCCAUUUAUUUUCACAAUAUCACAUUUUUCACUGGAAUCUCAUCAUAUGACUGCUAUGACUUUUAUUCAUUCAUCCAUUUUCUAUACCGCUUAUCCUCACCAGGGUCACGGCCGUACAUACUGGACUGGUGGCCAGCCAAUCACACGGCACAUAUAGACAAACAACCAUUCACACUCACAUUCAUACCUAUGGACAAUUAAUGGACGCCUAAGCUUAAUAUUCAUUCAUUUACGGGGGGUGCUGGAGCCUAUCCCAGCUGUCUUGGGGUCCACCCUGGACUGGUGGCCAGCCAAUCACAGGGCACAUAUAGACAAACAACCAUUCACACUCACAUUCAUACCUAUGGACAAUUUGGAGUGGCCAAUUAACCUAGCAUGUUUUUGGAAUGUGGGAGGAAACCGGAGUACCCGGAGAAAACCCACACAUGCACGGGGAGAACAUGCAAACUCCACACAGAGAUGGCCGAGUAUUAUAUUCAUCAAAAAAAAAAACAUUUUCUCAUAAUUUGACUUUUUUCCCCAUAGUAGUACAACUUUGUCAUAUUACGCUGACUUUAUUCAUCCAAAAAUGACCUUCCCCGCCAAAAUAUUAUUUUCCCUAUAAUUCUAUAUUUUUAAUGUAUUAUGGCUUUUAUUGUUAGAAUAUGAUUCAUAUGCUUCAUUUAUCCAAAAUAUAAAUAAUUUUCUUAAUACUAGAACCUUUUUCUAAUAAUAACCCAACUUCCUUGCGAUACUAUGACUUUAUCAUCCAAAAAUAUUUCUUUUUAUAAAAUAACUUUCCUGCAUAAUUUUGACUUUAUUAUAUUUAUAAUAUUUAUUAUUAUUUUUAUAUAUAUAUAUAUAUAUAUAUUAUCAUCCCAAACAAGCUUUUUUUGUCAAAUGUUUUUUCUCAUGAUACUGUUAUUAUCAUUCACUGCUUUUGUAUUCAACAUGUCAUUACCUUUUCCCUGUAAUAUGAUGAAUUUGUUGUAGUUAUGCAUUAAUUGUAAUUAAUCUAAUUAUGCAUGCCUGCGACCCUUGUGAGGAUAAGCGGUAGAAAAUGAAUGAAUUAUGACUUAAUUCAUCCAAAAAUAACUUUCCAAAGUCAAAGGACAUCAUUUGUUUUAAAAAUAACUUUUUUCUUAUCAUAGGAAUUUAUUGUUGCAAUAUUAUGAGUGUUCAUCCCAAAAUACUCACUUUUUCUCAAAGUGUCCAAAUCCGACAUAUGACUUUACAAUCAUGGUAGUUUUCUCUUCAGUGUGGUACAAAUAAGCUCCGCCCCCAUCCAGCCGUCAUCCUCCCCCGAGGUGGUCUGCAUUUUGUAGACAAAGCGAAGCCCCCCCUCUGCUCUGCAGGCGGUGCGGCGUGGACCUGACGUUGGUCAUGUGAUCCAAGUGCUGAGAGUCACAUGACUGAGACAUGUGCUUCAAUGAUUGUACUUUUCUAAAGAUCCGUGUUUUGGAUAAGAGCGUUUUUUGUUUUUUUACUUUUCUUAGCCAACAGGAAGUGCAGGCGGGGUUAAGUGAGGUUCAUCCACUCGGCCUUCCCAAGCGUGAGGCCUUCUGUGAGAAACUUCUGUAAAGCAAAACGACCUCCAGCCAGGCACAAGGUUGUGGACGACCACACCACAAGCUAGUGGUCGUCCAUUAUUCCUCCACCUGGCUUUCACUCCGAGAAGCGAACGGGAGGUUUCAUCAUGCUGUGUUCAAAUGACGACGGUCUCUCUCGCCCUCUCGAGCUUUCUCUCAAGAGAUCCUGUCCAUACUGAAUUGUAAAUAUGUUCAUUUGUUUUUAUUUGUUACCAUGCCAUUGAUCAAUCCAUUUUGGGUUGGCGUUUAAUAUGAAUGGAAUUUGACUUCUUACAAGUCUGACUUUAAUAAAACAGUUUGAAACACGCA